UGACCCCAAAGCAAAUGAACCUUUCAGAUUUUGAAUUGGCAGGGAAUGGAGGCAAUUACAAUAAUUAAUAGUCAUGAUGAGAAAAUUGAAAAUGGCCAAAGAGCAAGUGGGUUUGACAAAGAAUCCUUGCUGUGUUGUCUUUCUGUCACCACAAAGACGUCUGUUGGAAAAUAAUAGAUGUUUGCCUAUUGGGCUUCCAUUUCCAAAAAAGGUGAAGAAGAUUUCCAAUUUCACUUGGUUAUAUCAACACAAGCUUUCUUGUCGAAACAACAGAUAAAAGUUUAAAUGGCAGCACUGAAGUAGCCAGAUUUUGAGUUCAGAAAGUUCCAAAGGACACAUCUUGGUUUCUCCAAAAAUACUGAUUUUUGUAACGAUAAUGUUGCUGUAAUAAAAGUCAAAUUAUAUUGUUCCUAUGCUUUAACUUCAAACUGUUAACAGCAUCAAAAGCUGCAACCAGGUUCAUGUACUAAUGCUGAUAGAACUGUCAAUCUCAAGAUCACUUGUAAUAUGCUUCCGAGUUUUGAGUAUGUUGAAGAUAACGAAGUGUUUGAACAAUUAGAUCACAUCGGUUGUGUCUACAUUGAGUAAAUACAAAACUUUGUAAUGUGUGAAAACUCAUCUGAUAAACAAGAAUAGAAGGAAUUUUGUCCUCAUCUGUAGUGUGACUCUUCCAUGCCUAUGGUUUGACAAACCAUUGCGGAGCUUAGAAACUGAAGCUUUGAUCACAUUGUCUGCUUUGAUUACAUUAUAUGAAGUUUCUGAUGAUUGAUUAAAGAAGUCGAAGGUACCAAAAUGUGGAGCAGAAACUUUGAUCUCUUCUCCAAGGCAGUGGCAUACAUUACAGCGUGUUUCCUGAUCACAGCUUGUUUGGGAGGUGAAUUAUCUGAAACUGAGGCUUUCUUUAGUUUCAUUAGAGCUGUUGACCCUGAAAAUGUGCUAGGAAUAAGCUUGAAUGGAAAAGUGACGAAUCCCUGCUCAUAUGAUCAGAAAGGUGUCAAGUGUAAUUUGCAGGAAACCACUAUAACAGAAAUCAGGCUUGAAAGUUUGAAUCUUAGUGGGGUGAUUGAUGCAGACUCUCUUUGCAAGCUCCAAAAUCUUCAGGUUCUUAGCUUAUCAAAGAAUCUUAUAUGCGGAAACAUUCCUGAUUCGAUAUCUACCUGCAGAAGGCUCGCCUAUUUAGAUCUAAGCCACAACCUUUUGAGUGGGAAAGUGCCUCUGGCUCUAACCAAGUUGAAACAUCUCAGGAUCCUGGACAUUUCUAACAAUAAUUUUACAGGUUCCAUCCCUCUUUCCAAAUUGGAAUUCGAGCAUCCUGAUAAUUACUCCUUGAAAGAAACUUCAACUAGGUUAUAUAAACUUCGAAAACUGUUUAGUGUUGUGGAUUCUGAGGCAACGGAUGGCAGUAACAACAAUAUGGUCGAAGAGUCCUCGCAGCCUCCAACAAGCAGUGAGCCUAAGAAAGAGUGGUACAAGCAACUCAUAGAUUUGUUGCCAUUUAUAAUUGGAAUUGCAUUUAUCAUCUUGUUCUUUUUGGUAGUCUAUUCUGUAACUGCGAAGGUCACAAAAGUGGCAAAAGAGAAGGAACUCCUGAAAUCUUUAGCACGUUCUCCUCAGAAUAAUCCACCACCUGUGCCUAAAGAAGAAGUUAAGCCCGACGAAGGACGGACAGAGCUCGUAUUCUUUGUUGAAGAGCAAGAAACUUUCAAAAUGGAUGAUCUCUUUGAAGCCACAGCUGACUUACAGAGCCAUACGCUUUACAGCAGCCUGUAUAAGGUGAUGCUUAAGAACAACGGUGUUUAUGCUGUCAAAAGACUGAAGAAACUGCAGGUAUCAUUAGAAGAGUUUGGCCAAACAAUGAGGCAAAUAGGGAGCUUGAAGCAUCCAAACAUUCUACCUCUAGUUGGCUACAAUUCUACAAAUGAAGAAAAACUUAUAAUAUACAAGUAUCAAAGCAAUGGAAGCCUGUUAAAUUUGAUAGAAGACCAUAUCGAAGGCAAGAGAUCAUUUCCAUGGACACUUAGGUUGUCCAUAGCAAGUGGGAUUGCAAGAGGACUGGAAUUCAUAUAUCAGAAUUCUCAUAACCAAGACACCAUUCCACACGGAAACCUGAAGUCUUCGAACAUCCUCUUGAAUGAAAAUGAGGAACCUCUUAUCAGCGAAUACGGAUUUUCGAGAUUUCUAGACUCCAAAAAACCCUCUUUAUACAUUUCCAAUGGCUACACAGCACCUGAAAAAACUCUAUCAGAACAAGGAGAUGUUUUUAGCUUUGGAAUAAUUCUACUUGAGCUACUGACAGGAAAAACAGUAGAGAAGAGUGGGAUUGACCUUCCAAAAUGGGUGAGAUCUAUGGUAAGGGAAGAAUGGACAGGAGAAGUUUUCGACAAGGAAGUUAACAAUGCAGCAAGAGAGUACGCAUUUCCACUGCUGAAUAUCGCCCUCAAGUGUGUAUCAAAUUCACCUGAAGAUAGACCAACAAUGGCAGAAAUCAUGGAGAAGAUAGAAGAAAUAGCUAAUGGACACGAUGAUGUUUCUAUUUCAUCCAUGGCUUCAAUAGAAUCCAGUCCACAAGAUUGCUGUUUACUUCACACUGUUAUACCUGAAACCUGGGAUACUCCAGCCUCAAAUUACUAAUGUAUGAUUGCGAUGUUUCUUUGAUGUAGUAUUUUGUUUUUGUUUUUUUUUUCUUGUUUUGUUAUCAAGAAGACCUUGAGUUCUAGAUUCCAAUAAACUACUUGUGUAAGCCUUUAUGCAAAGGGAGAAGUUCACGUGUAUAUAGAGUGACCCUAAACCAAAGUUGUGUUUUUGCUAAACUGGGUUAAUACUUAUAAAUUUGUGCCUUUUCCCUUUUCUUUUUCUUUUUAAGUAUAUGAAUAUUUUAUUAAUAAAGAUUAAUAAAUAUAUCUUAAUAUACAAUUACGCCGACCGUUUAAUUUUGCAGAAAAUAUGCUCUACUCAAUUUCAAUAACAUAUAUAUUGAUUUUAUAAAUAUUUUUUG